AUGUCGUUCUCGAAAGCCAAAAUCCAGAGAUUCAACGAAUUCAAAAACAAUGUCCCUCCACCAGGAGCGUACGACCCGAAAUUUGACACGAAGGUGAAGGGAUUGGUGAUCGAGAAGACAGAGAGAUUCAACGACAAUAAGAGCGUAGUCAGCGCGGAAUGCAAUUUGUCGGUCUCCGACAAGAGCACUGGCAACGCGGUGCCCAGUUUCAGAACGCCGCAACUUCCGCGGAAGAAAACGACUACAAGGCCAUGUUCGAAGACAAAGCCGCGAGCGCUUCUUCCCAGCGACAGCAAAUUGAAGUACAAAUCGGAGCACCAGCUCGCUGAUCUGCAGAUAGAAUGCGAGAACAAGAACAAGACUAUACAAGAGUACGAGAAGUACAUCGAGGAGAUAAAGGAAGAUCGGAAGAAGUUGGAGUCGCAGCUGGAAGAGCUGCUCAGGAAGCAAACGGAAGUGGAAGGACAGUACAAAAAGGACAUCGAGACAAUGGCGAACUUGCAGUUGGAAGUAUUGAACAGUCACGACGAGAAGCACCAAAUAGAAAUGAAACGCGUUCGCUGUCAGCUUUUGGAAAUUUCAGAGGAGAAGGAGCAGGAAGUUCGUACUAGGAAAACCAUGGAGAACGACCUUAGAAACCGCAUCGAGGAUUUGGUGAAGAGAAUAGCUGUGCUGGAGUCUGAACUGGAGAAGAAGAGGCAGGAUAACGAGGACAAAACUCAAACGCUCGAAAAAGAGGUCGAAGAUUUGACGAUGCAGUUAGAGAAGUUAAGCGUACUCCGCACGCAGGAAGUGAGUAUACUGGAGGAAGAAAAGUAUAAAUUAAACGUGGAUAUCGGUCGUCUGACCGAUCAACUUGCCGAAUGCGACGAGAGGUUGAAGGAAGCGAUCGCCGAGGGCGACGAGAAAGUGAACGCGAUGAUUAGAGAAGCAACGAUUGCAGUGAAAGAAGAGAUGCAGAGAACCGCGGAGAGAUACAAGACGUGUUUAGCUCGAGUGGAGAGGGAACGAGCGGAAUUGGACGAGAAACUGUUGCUGAAGGAUGCCGAGAUCUCCAGACUGUCCAUAAUGCUCGAGGAACUGAAAACCUCCGCUGAAACCCAGGAGAGCUUCGGCCAAAGUCUGCAAAUGGAGUUGGACCGAGCGGAGACCGAACUAGCAGAGAAGAAGGAAGAAUUAAGAGCUCUGAAGGAUCAAAUUCGAGCGGAGGCAGCGGAAAUGGUAGCUAGAAGAAAGAGAUUCGAAGUAAUAAUGGCGGAGAAUCAAUCAUCAGUAGCCGCUCUGACGAAACGACUAGCGCAAAGCAACGCCGAGGUAGAAAGGCUACAGCGCGAAUUGAAACGAGGGGAAGAUUGCAUAAACGAGCACCGCGAUUUGUUGAACAUCAUGCGCAACAAUUCGCAAAUAGUCCACGUACAGGUGCACGCUUUGAUGGAGCAGUUGGAUGCAAAGAAGGGGUUGGUCAAUCAACUGGAGAUCGAAAGUUUGAGCGAAGUGGAGUCGGUCAGGUCGAUUUUCGAAGCUAAAAUCGAAGAUCUCAGUGACAUCGUCUCGAAGGAAAUGACGAGAUUGAUCAGCGACUGCGAGGCGAAGGAUGCUCAGAAUGCUGAGAUGAAACAUCAGCUCCAAGAAAUGGCCGACCACCUGAAUGGAGCGAAGGACAUGCUACUCCAGUUGGAAGAAUGGAACGACGCGCAGGAGUUGCAGAUUUCACGAAUAGAAUUAUUCAAUUACAAACUUAAUGAACAGUUGAAGAACAGUAAAUUAGCGACGGAGGAAGCUAAUCAGUUGCUGGAAACGCAAUCUAUAAAACAUAAAGCUGCUAUUGACAAGGCGAAUGCGAAGAUUCAACAGCUGUCGGAAGCAAUUAAGUCCUUCGAGAAGAAAGAUAGCUUGAUUCAAGAUAAGACUGAGUUGCUGGAGAAAGAGAAAGCUCGCCGAGAGGCUGCCGAAGAAGAAGUUAAGAAGCUUCUUCGGCAGAAUGCACGUCUGAUGAACGAUCACGAAGAAAUUAGCGAGAAGUAUGCGCAAUUAAUUGGCCAUCAGAACCAUAAACAGAGGAUUAAGCACGUUUCACAGUUGAAAGACAAAAUUAAUCAAUUGGAGCAGGAUUUACGUUUAAAGACGAAGAAGAUAGAACAGCAGCAGAAAACAAUAGAAAAAUUGAAGACAGAAGACAAACGUAUGCACAGCAAGGGGAAGGAAAAUGUAAUAGGUAUUACCAAGGACACGUACACAACACCUGUAUCAUCUCCACUUAAGCCAUUAACACCGUUAAGAAGUAGGAACGACUAG